UGCAACCACCACGGAGACUGACAGUUUGGAUUUUGUUGUCACAGGCAUAGUGCAGUACCAACCAUGUCCUUCAUCUUGCGGUUACUCCAUGUAUUGGCCGUGUGUUCCACUAUUACAGCUAAUGUCAUCCUUGAUGUCAAAGAAAAUGCUUUAUCGAAAGAUUUCAUGUGGGGACUCGCUACUGCAGCAUACCAGAUUGAAGGCGGUUGGAAUGAAGACGGUAAAGGUCCGAGUAUUUGGGAUAACUAUACACACAUCCCUGGCCACAUAGCGGGUGGCGCUACGGGGGACGUGGCGUGUGACAGCUACCACAAAUGGCGUGACGACAUCAAGGCACUUAAAGAGAUCGGCGUAAAACACUACCGUUUCUCCCUGUCAUGGCCUCGCAUACUUCCUGGAGGCACAAAAGACAGGGUCAGUUACAGAGGUAUAGUCUACUAUAGAAACCUGAUCAAGGAGCUGAAGAACAACAACAUAGAGCCCAUGGUGACGUUAUACCACUGGGACCUUCCACAGGCCCUCCAGGACCGGUACGGUGGAUGGGUCAAUGAAACCAUCAUCGGUCUGUUCAAAGACUACGCCAGGGUCUGUUUUCAGGAGUUUGGGAAAGAGGUGAAACUCUGGCUAACUUUCAAUGAGCCGUGGUGCGUCACGGUGUUUGGUUAUGACACCGGGACUGGUGCUCCUGGUGUCAAUAUGACCGGAUAUGGUGCCUACCGAACUGGACACAACAUCCUCAAGGCACACGCAGAGGUAUACCACAUGUAUCAGGAGGAGUUCAAUAAGGAUAAAAAAGGUAAAAUAGGUAUAACUCUGAAUGCGGACUGGUCCGAGCCUAAGAGCAAUAAAAGUGCAAGUGAUAUCAAAGCCGCCGAAAGAGAGCUACAGUUUCAACUGGGUUGGUUUGCACAUCCUAUUUACGUUAAUGGUGAUUAUCCUAAUGAAAUGAUAUGGAAGAUCGGCAAUAAGAGCAGAGAUGAAAACUUGAAGAAAUCAAGACUGCCAAAGUUCACAGAAGAGGAGAAAAAGCGGAUAAAAGGAACAUCCGAUUUCUUUGGUCUCAACCACUACAGUACAAACUUGGUGACAAGUGCUUCAUUGUCUGGUGCCAGCUACUUCAAUGACAUAGACGUACAAAAUUCGAAAGAUCCCAGUUGGUCAGGUGCGGGUUAUCCUUGGCUGAAAGUUGUCCCCUGGGGUUUCCGCAAAUUACUCAAUUGGAUAAAGGACCGUUACAACAACCCUCCGGUCUUCAUCACCGAGAAUGGUAUAUCUGAUGCCAACUCAACUCUGAAGGGAAUCUUGGACGAUGACUUCAGGAUCGAUUACCACAAGAAAUACAUCCAGAACAUGAUCGAAGCCGUUAACAGUGACGGUUGUCAGGUUAUCGGCUACACAGCUUGGUCCUUGCUGGACAACUUUGAAUGGAAUAGCGGAUAUACCCAGCAUUUCGGGUUUUACUAUAUUAACUUCACCGAUCCGUCGCGCCCACGACACCCAAAGAAAUCAAUGAAGUUUUAUUCGCAGGUCAUCAAGAACAAUGGUGUUUGAUAAGCACCCUUGAGUUCAUUUGACGUGGUCAAGUAACCAGUUGUAAUAAAAUUAUAGGUCUACAGUUUGCUGUGAUUAAAAUUCAGUUAUAAGAUUCAGUUUUCACAUAGGUUUUCUGUUAACUUUUAUAUGACACAGUCAUGCUACAUUUAGUAGUGCGACUAUCAACACUGUUGAUACUUAUCAAGAAAUUUAUUCUAACCUGUGUUAGAAUUGAGACAGCUAUUUAAUGUCUGACAUCUGUCAGUUUAGAAAAACUUAUUGGGUUACUCAUUGAUUGUCAAAACGCUUGAUUAAAAACAAGAAAUUAAAACCGUGACAUACAUGUAUACUGUGUAAUAUACCGUUA